GCAUUUCCUGUUUUACUUUUAAAUUUUCGCCAACCGUCACAGGUAGACAUCACAGUGGGUUUUAAUUUAAGACGCCUACCGAUCCAUCCAAUCGAAGCCGGAACAUGGCUUUAUCGAACUUGAGACCAGUCGUAUGCUGGAUCCCUCCGGUGACUGGACCAACUGGGUCGCACGCCAAAGCAUCAAAGGUCGAAGUAUUAAAUCGACGAGUUUUUCCUGCACUUCAGGUUCAAGCGCCGGUGAAAGUAAAGGAGGAGAGCCUGUUACUACAUGAAACAGCCUCUGGCUCGUCUAGGCGGGAGUUGAUGCAAAUGACGGCUGCAUCCAUCGGUUUACUGCUUCUAUUGCCAGCAUCUGCUGAAGCACGCCCUCGAAAUGCUGCUGCAAGGCAGAAGAUCUUGAGAAAACUUGAAGAGCUCCGACAAAAGCAGGCUGGCACGAAAUCAAAAAUCGAAGAGGAAUCGAUCAAAAAACAACAAAAUCAGGACAGCCAGAAUGGUGAAUCUGCCAAGCCUGAGCUACCCUUUAUUGUACUCCCAAGCAUACUCAAUGGUUAGAAUGUUUAAAUCACAAUAGGGAGAAAUAACAAACAAGU